AUGCUCAAAGCGCUGGAGCUGCCGUUCUCGCGCACGAUUCUGACGCAUGCGCACUGGACGGUUAAUCAGCGGAAGAUGUCCAAAUCGGUGGGCAACGUCGUGGAUCCGUUUGAGGCGAUGGAUAUAUAUGGGGUGGAUGUUGUGAGGUUCUACCUCGCGCGUGUGGGGGGACGGUUCAGGGAUGAUGUCGACUGGUCAACGGAGCAGCUCGACAAGCAUUCGGAUGAGCUUCGUACUCUGCUUGGGAGCCUCUUUAUGCGGAUCACAUCCAAAGCGAUUCGUGCACCCGUGGAGAAAGCCGAUGAGAACUUGGACAUCAAAGCGCUUCUGUCAGACACAGAGAAGGCGAAAGCUGCCAAUGCGGCUGUGAACAACAGUGCACCUUGGGCGCAGGAUCCCCAGCCCGCGGCGACGUCGUACGUUUCGGUCCUCAAGACGAUCCGUGUCUGCGCACUGUGUUUGCAGCCUUUCAUACCCGAGGCAGCCGCGCCCCUUCUAGACGCGAUGGACGUUCCAGAGAGCGAGCGUACGUUGCGUUACGCCGAGGUGAAGGCGGGGGCGGGGGCGAGCAGGUGGAGGGUGUGA